UCCACUGCAUUUCUCCAAGCUAGCUUCUUAAAUAAUUAAUUCUAUCCUAUAUAUUAAUUUAUAUAGUUGGCGAUGAUAUUCAUUUUUGUGAUCAAUAUCCUUCUCUUUUAUUUCACAGCCGAUGCCAAAGUCUUGAUGGUUCUCAUGGAGGACGACCCUCUUCUCACCAAUACGUCACUAAGCGGUGGUGGCGGCGACGCCGAAUUUUACAAGGAGAAAUUGACGCAGCAGCACGACAUUUUCCUUGAAUCGCUACUGGAGAAAGGAUUCUACAUCAAGCUCUAUAGUUAUACUCAUUUGUUGAAUGGCUUUGCAAUCCAUUCAAACAAUCAGGAGGUUGCUCAUCUCCUUGGGAGUGCAAAGGGAGUUAGAUCUGUCCAUGAAGAUACCAAAAUGGAGAAGCUCACAACAUACACACCCGACUUCUUGGAUAUCAACAGCGGCGCUUGGCCAGCCUUAGGUGGAUACGCAGCCGCCGGGAAAGGAGUGGUGAUAGGCCUAAUAGACACCGGAAUCAAUCCCACACAUCCAAGCUUCACCACCGGAGCAUCACCGGCACCUCCUAAAUUUAGCAGGUUCAAGGGAAAAUGCGCGACAGGCGACAAAUUUCCGGAGUCGGCAUGCAAUGGGAAGAUAGUUGGUGCACAAUAUUUUGCAAGAGCAGCAAUUGCAGCAGGAGACUUCAAUGCCACGCGCGAUGUUGCUUCCCCCUUCGACUCCGAUGGUCACGGAAGCCAUACAGCAUCAACAGCAGCGGGAAUUCACAAUAUACCAGUGAUAGUCAAUAACUUCAACUAUGGGUAUGCUAGUGGCAUGGCACCAGGAGCUAGCAUUGCAGUGUAUAAAGCCAUGUUUCCUUUCGGGGGCUACAUGUCCGACGUUGUGGCUGCGGUUGAUCAGGCAGUAGAAGAUGGAGUAGAUAUACUAAGUCUUUCAAUAGGGCCAGCAGGUGUUCCCUCAGGCGCCUCGGCCUUCCUCAACUUGUUAGAACUCGAGCUUCUUUUAGCAACCAAAGCCGGCGUGCUUGUUGUUCAAGCCGUUGGGAAUCGAGGCCCUUCGUCGAGCUCCAUCCUCUCAUUUAGCCCGUGGAUCGCCAGCGUCGCCGCCUCCAUCACCGAUAGGAAGUAUAACAACUCUCUCUUCCUUGGAAACGGCCAACGUUAUACGGGAAUGGGACUAGCACCGCCAACUAUGGGAGGUGUACAUUUCCCACUUGCGGCGGCUGCGGACGUGUGCCGGAGGAACAUCACGGCAGGGCUGGUGGAGAGCUGCCAAAGCGCGGACGCGUUCAUACGAUCCUUGGCUCGCGGCAAACUCAUCAUCUGCACCUACACAUUCGACUUCGAUUCUGAGACAGCAACCAUUUCAAGAGUGGCAGACACUGCACAAGCCAUUGGGGCUGCCGGUUUCAUACUCACCAUGGAUCCCGACAUCGGUGCUGAUCAGAUCAAGGGCGCCUUGCUCACGCUACGCCUCCCCGGAAUCAUUCUAUACAAUAUGGAAUCUUCUUCGGCUCUUUGGGAUUAUUACAACUCCAAUACGAUAAGGAGCAGCAGUGGGUUGGCUAUAAUAUUCGGAGCGAGUGCGAGGAUUUUGGAUGGAAGGAGGGCGAGCUAUGGUGGGAAGGGAGCUGUUGUGGCAACGUAUUCAUCAAGAGGCCCUGACCUCAACAAUGCUCGUUUAGAGACUGCCGAUGUACUUAAGCCUAACAUCAUGGCUCCUGGUUCUUCCAUAUGGGCUGCUUGGACUCCUAAUAGUGUAGGAGAUGAAUACAUCAAAGGGCAAUCUUUCGCGUUGUUGUCCGGAACGAGCAUGGCCGCUCCGCACAUCGCUGGCAUCGCUUCCCUAAUAAAGCAGAAGCACCCCAACUGGAGCCCGGCCGCUAUCACCUCGGCAAUGAUGACGACGGCCAACGUCACAGACCUCUCCGGCGCCCCAAUCGCAGCUCAGUACACCAACAAGGUUGCCCCGGCCACGCCCUUUGACCUCGGGGCAGGGCUCGUCAACCCUUCCCGGGCCCUGGACCCGGGGCUUGUGUUGGACGCCUCGUUCAGGCACUACGUGGAGUUCCUGUGCGCGGUCCCCGGCGUGGACGACAUGUCCAUCAGGAGGGCCGUCGGGGUAGGAUGCCCGGCCCCGGACAAGAGGAUGGAGUGGUGCUCAGAUUUGAACUUGCCGAGCAUAACGGUUUCCAACUUGGUUGGGUCAAGAAAGGUGAGUCGAAGAGUGACGAAUGUGGGAGGUGAAGAUGAGAUGUAUAGAGUCGUUGUGCAAGAGCCUUGGGGGGUUAAGAUUGGCGUUGCGCCGAGCGUGUUCAAGAUUCGUGUGAACGCGUCGAGGUAUAUCAUAAUCCGCAUGGAUGCGACGCAGAGAAGCAAUGCUUACGCUUUUGGGGAGAUGGUGUUGAGAGGAAACAAAGGUCAUGUGGUUCGACUUCCCAUUUCUGUGUUUGUUAGCAGCGUCUUAUAGUCUUAAGUAUAUGCCCAUCUUAUUUCUUUAUGCCUUUUUAGGGUCCAUUACUUUUAAUGGAAAAGUAAAGAACACUUAUGUUUUCACCAUUUUUCUAACAUUUUUGAAUGUUUACUAU